CCCAGCCGCGAGGCGAUCAGAAUCAAUGGUCUGGGGGCUGCUGCCUGGACGCACAACCUAACAGCCCUGUGCCACGACUGAUUUACUAUGGGCUUUCAGCUAACGUGAGCAAUAUCCCCCCUGCUCUGUUUGCAGACUGGUUGACUAUUCGGAUACCAUCAAUGAUGAAAAUGUUGAAGCCUCAAAAAGGAUGCGAUCACCUGCAUCAGAGUUCACACGCAUGGUCAAGUCACCACCAUCGGAUACCAGAGGCAAUAUCAGGUCAUCAUCUGUAGAUUUUGGCAGCAACAACUCAGUCCAGAAUCUUCAUGCAUAUGCUGAUGUCCAGAAGUCUGAUGCAUCCUUUUCCAAGUUCAGAAAUCAAAUACAAUCACGCAUUGGUGGUGCAUGUUCACCAUCACAACAGAUGUCUCAUCUUUCAGACUCCAAUGAACUAAACACGUUAGCUAUUUCUCCACCAAAGCCUUCUAUCCUUAGUGCUACCAGAAGAACAGGGAUCUCUUCUUUGGAUGCUACUGAUGAUGAUCAUUUGACCCCUUCAACUGAACUUGAGAGGGAGGAACAAGCAAAAGCCAAGCGGCUGGCUCGUUUCCACGUUGAAUUAAGCAGGCCAGUACAAAAUACUAAUGAUUUUGUGAAAACAGUUAAAAGCUCUGCAGAUAAGUCCAAACAAGCCACAUCAGUGGGAAGAACUCCUUUGAGAACAAAUGAUGACACCGAUGACAAUACUUUGGUUGACAUGGAUUCCACAGCUUUGGCUGCAAUAGUUGGGCUUUGCCCUGAUAUGUGCCCAGAACCUGAGAGGGCAGAGCGUGAGAGAAAAGGAGAUCUUGAUAGGUAUGAAAGAUUGGACGGAGACAGAAACCUAACUACUGAGCUUCUCGCUGUUAAAAAGCUAAGGAGGCAAGCACUCGCUUCCUUGCACAGUGGUCUUCAGAAUGGCCAAGGCAUCCCUAUUUCGCAGGUUGUGGUGUGGCUUGCUAUGGAGGACGAGGAUGUUGAAAAUCUAUUAGAAUACCAUGGUUUUGGGUUGAGGCAGUAUGAAGAACUGUACUUAGUCAAAGAAGGACCUUUUCUUAACAGUGAAAGUGAUUUCCCAUCUGGCUGUUCACAUCUUGUGCAUUCUAAAAAAUCGCAGAGGGUCGUUGAUGAUGUUUCUUCUGGGCCAGAUUGUGCUCCAACUAGCAAAGAAAAGACUGUCUUUCCAUAUACUGGUCAACCAGUUGCUGGCAAAAGAGAUCUAUUUCUACCACAGAAUGCUCCUGCGAUUCCUCCUGAUGGCAGAAUGGAUUUGGAUCCAUCAUUUCCUGGGCCUAUUUCAAUCACUCCUGACAGACAGAUUAGCCCAUUGUUUUCAGAUCCUUUCUCUCCAAGAGCUGCCAGUAAACUAUUCAGUUCAACACAUCCAAAGCCUCUCUCCCCAACUGAUGGUAGAAAAGACAGGUUUUCAUCUGUCCUUACUGCUGUUUCUCCACGUACUGGCAAGAGGGACAUACUGUCAAAAACACCAAAAGUAGCUUCACCAAAAGCUGAAGGCAAGACCAAAUUGGUUAAUGACCUUAUAGCUGAAGACCAGGAUAGUGGUGUUGCUGAGAUCCCUCAGAAGGUAGAGAUGCAAACAGACAUACUGUGGUCACAAGCUAACACGCAAAACGCCAAUGCUCUGGCAGAACCAAUUAUUUCACAUCCUCUUGCAGAUAGCAUGUCUUUAAAUUACUCCAGUAUGUAUGGAGCGGAAGAUGACUUCAGGGCACAUGUUUCUGGCAUCGGUGCAGAUAUGGAUGAGGGAACUCCACCAGAUCAUGAAUGUCUGGUUAUUGGAGCUGGAUUGCCUAUUAGCUCCCCUUUGUCCUAUCAUGAGGAAUAUGAGGAUCAUAGUAUUAGUAACGGCACAAAUGAUGAUUGGUUACCAAUUGUUAUGCCCGCAAAGAAACUAAUUUCUGAUGAAAACCUGAAAGCAAUACUGAGGAAAUGGAGGCAGCAUGCUGCUGACAAGCGAUUACUUAGGGAGCAGAAGAAUGCUCUUGCUGUUGCAGCAUUGUGUUCUCUAUCACUUGGCCCACCAGUUCAUAAAAGUACAACGGUGUCUAAGCUAGCAGUCGAAGAACUAGAUAUUGGCCACGCCUUUAAAGAAAGACAAGCAAGAAAGCAAAGGUCCUGGUCACGGCUAAAUGUUUCGGAGUUGUCUGGUCCCAUUCUAAAUGAAAAUAACCCUGAUGCUAGAUGCCUCUGCUGGAAGUUGCUUGUACUUGUUCCACCGGGUAUGGAAUCCCAGACCAACAGUUUUGUCUCAAAAUGGUUACUUAGAAAGCUCAUGGGUUAUGGAAUCGGAGAUAUUGGAUUGGUUGUUUCUUCAGCAGGCCUAUCAAUUUGGACAGAGUGGAUCAGUUUUCCAAAUGCAUGUUGUUUGUCUGUUGUUAGGGCCAGCGAUCAGCAAGUUAUUGAUAAUGAUAUUGCUAACAGUACAAGUUGUAUAGUAUUUGUAGUGUCUGAAAGCAUUUCAUGGGAAAUGCAGAAGGAACGGUUUAACAGUCUUUUAGCCUACAUACCAGAUGAAUCCAAUCUUCCCCUUCUGAUUUUCAGUGGCGAUACAUAUAACGAAGGAUAUGAGUAUGCGUCAAAGUACAUCAUCAACAUGCUUGGCCUCAAUGGUCUUAACAGAGGAAAGAUCGGUUUGUCUUUGGUUAUUUUUCUUGUUGAAAACUACACAGAAGACCAUGCCAAUGGUUUCUUUGAUGAUGACAAACUGCGUGAGGGCCUGAAGUGGCUGGUAAGUAGUUUGCCAGUGCAGCCUGAUGUCACUCUUGUGAAGACCCAUGAAUUGCUUCUGGAAUACUUGAAUCCACAACUUGAGCUGCUUAACACCCAUGUUGCACCUGGAGCUGGUCCUGGCGAUUGCAUUUCAGUAUUCAACAAUGCUGUCAAUCAACUUGCAGAAGAGAUUUUGGCUGCAGCAAACGCAAACCGUAGCCAAUGGCCAGCUCCCGAGAUUGAUCUUCUGGAGAGAACAAGCAAUGAGAGGAUAUAUGCAGAAAUGUUCUUGCCUAGCAUUGGAUGGUCUUCGCCAUCAAGGAUCCAGCCACUGCUUGCAGCCAUUAAUAGCUGCAAGAUUCCAGAGUUCAGUUACGAUCUAUCUUGGCUAAACCAUGGUUCUCACAUGGGCAAGCAGAUCCAGGAUCAGAAGAAGUUACUUGAGGAGUGCUUGGCGAGAUACUUGACCGAAUCAGCCCGGCUGUUAGAUGAAAGCCAGGUGGUCACCGAAGUGAAUGUUAUGGUGCAGAAUUGUGUUGGCCUUGAACUCCGGGAUUCGUCUUACUAUCUCGCUCCCAGAUGGGUGGCGAUCUUCCGUCGUAUUUACAACUGGAGGCUAGCAAAGCUCUCUACCGGAAAGUUCUCCGAAGCUUAUGUUCUGACUCAGCACCUGUAUCAGGCUCCUGCAGCAGCUGGCUCAAAUGGUACCACACAAGGGCUUACUGCUAACACCGCCAGCAGCGAUGCUGUGGAUCACAUCAUGAUGCCUGCUGUUUCAACCGGCAUCACACUAGACGAAAUCAUUGAGAUCAGUUGUGACCUCGAUGCUGUUGAUGCGCAGCCCGUAACUCUGGCACCACGACUGCCUGUGCAUGUUCAUGAAGAACCUCAGGCACUUGCUGACAACAACGGCGUGCAUGGAGUUGAUGAAAUGUACAUACCAAGAAGAGUAGAGUUGGGAGAGGUGAUGCCCAUCGAGACAGACGACAAGCUUUCCCAGCUAAGAGUAGAGUUGGGCGAGGUGAUGCCCAUCGAGACGGACGACAAGCUUUCCCGGCUACUGGAGCAGUGCACCAAGCUGCAGGACAGGAUCGAUGAGACACUUUCCAUAUACUUUUGAGCCCCGUAGUAAGGCUGGAAGGGUUUUGUUACACCAUCCUUCCACAUUUGUUGUAACUUGUAAAGCUAGAUUUUGUGGAAGUGAAAACUAACACUGCCAAGUUAAAGCGUUCUUGUUUGGCAGGAAUGAAAUAUAGAAGCGUCAUUUUUCUUCUCGAAUCA